AUGAGCGGAUUGAACAGACGUGGUAGUAAAGAGGAGGGAGGAAAAAAGGAAGGCGCCGCAUUCAACACUUCAGGGGAGAGUAGUAGUCUGUACCAAACAAGUUCAAAGGAAGGGAACAACAACAAGUAUUUGUAUAAUAAUGCGAAUUAUGGAGGGUACGGCGUUUUAGGAAGCGGGUUGAGUAGCCUGCAAAAUUUUGGCGCAUUGAAUAGUUCUCACAGUGUUUAUCCAAAUGGAUAUCAAAGUACCUACCCUGGUGGUGGUUACCAAAAUAUGGCUUACCAAAUGGGUGGGUACCAAGGGGGUGGAAACCCAAGUGGAAGUUACGCAAACUACCAAGGUGGUAACUACCUUUACAGUAAAAAUGAGAAUUAUUUCGAAAAUUAUAACAACUAUGGGGAUAGCGCCAGUUACAGUCAUUCAAAGGAUUGCGGAAACGUAGGGGGUGUAGCAAAAGGAAGUAACAAUAGUGGUAGCGCGAAAGAAGUACCUGAAGAGGAGGCGAAAUAUGGGAAAAAUAAGGACCCACUAUCCAGUAACGUAAAUAACGACGAUAAGUACGUAGAAAUGUACAUUAACAAGGUGAAGGAGAUAUACUACUUUCACGUGUUUUACCAUUACCUAAAGUUGGGGUACCCAGAGAAGGAGGCCUCCAUGGAAUCGAAGAAGUAUAUUUUCAUAACAUUGAGUAGGUAUUUUCUGUUAGUCAAAAACGCCAUUUUAUCAUCACCAGAGUCGAUAAAGCAGAUAAAUAAUUGUGUGUGUUCAAAUUUGUCCUACUACCAACAGCAGACAAAUUUGCAAGAAUUUUUACUCAAUCAGCAGGUCAAUUUGCAGGGCAUGAAUUUAGGGUCGUUAAAUAUAGGGAAUAUAAAUUUGCCUUUAAGUGACCAUGAAAAGUUGGGCGAUUUGUCCAAAGUUAACUCUGGUGAGGUUGGUCCGGGGGAACUCCAUAAGGGGGGUUCACCACAAGGGAGUAGCUCGACUGACAUGCAAGGUGGAGGUAACCCAAACAACAAUGUUUACAAUUUUAAAGCGGAAAAAAUUAACAAUAUGAUAGACUCUAUCGAAGAAAUGAAAAAAUUGAACAAAAAUAAAAAAGUGAAUAAGUACAGUUUUGAUGAACAGACGAGUGGGGCAGGGGAAGAAGACAAUAACGGGAUAAUUCACGCUGGUAAAAAUGGCAAGGAUUAUUCCUUUAAUAAUAAUGAGGAGGCGAAAAAGAAAAUAAGCUUUACCUUAAACAGGUCGAAGAAUAAAUUGUUUCAAAUGUAUAACCGGGUUGGGAAUGACCCUGGUAGGAGGAAUGCCAAUGAGGAGGUCGACAUGGGUAGUAGACAUUUGGGUGAUGAAGGUAGGAACAACGGUUCGAAGGUGCAGGUUGGUGUGUAUUCCUCCAGUGGAGUUAUAACGCAGGAUAAAAGUCACCUCACAGGGAACAACUUUGCUAAUAUGUUCCCUUAUGAUCAGCAGGGUCGUCGUAAUGAGGGUAGUGGCCCAUUGGGUGGUGGUGCCAUGCCCACUAGUGGAAAUGACGUUACGGAGGGAGUUCAAAUGAGGCAGGGUCCAGGGAAGAAUGACGCACACGGUAGAUUUGGCCACGACCUGGUUGGCAGUUACUCAGGUGGAGACGAACCAACAGGAAGCAACAACGAUUAUUACAACAGUCAAUCGGUGAAGGAGAACGAUGAAGGUGUAUUGAACAAUAAGUACAAAAUGAAUGGUGCAUCCGGUUUUAGCAGCGUGAGCGGUAUGCUGCAUGGGAGGGACAUUAACGGGAAUGAUCAGAAGGGAUAUGACAAUGUUAGUUACCCCCCGUAUGGCAGAGAGGGUAAUUCUCAUUUGUUCCCAAAUGGGAUGAAUGUGAAAGGCAAUUAUGAGGCUAGUAGUAAUCUCCUUGGCCGAAUGGGUCAUCGAGGAGGGGAAGGAAAAGAGCAGUUCGCGCCAAACGGUAAGCAGAGGUAUGACGUGAACGAUACAAAUCGUGUGACAAAUCAGAGCGUAAGGAAAGACAUAAGUGGGAAAUAUAGAAUGCAGAAGGAUGGCACUAUGGACGGUGACGACAUGAACAGGGGUAAUCGGGCUACCUACAACGAUGGGGACUACGAGGGGGAUAACCUGGGCAGUGGCCUUUAUAGCAGCGCUAGUAGCAGGUACCCCCAGGGUGUGAAAAGUCACAAGGCAACCCUGGAGGAGGACCCCCCUGAUGAGGUGAAAAAGUGUGACACCUUUAAAAUGUAUAUAAAUAACAUACAGGAGGAGUUUAAGGAGGAAUGCAAGAACGCCGAGUUUGCGAAGAUCCUGAGGGAGUUCACAAGCAGACUAAUGACAUGGAACCGGAAGAGAGGGACGAACACGAGGUUCUGGAGGUUCAACGUGAUGCCAACGAAGGAGGAUAUUUUUUCCAUGGACAUUCUCUUUUUCACGCGCAGAAAAGCGAAAAAGCGAUACGCGAUGAACGAUGAGGACAACGACAUGGAGUAUGGCAUCACUUUCAGUGACAAGAAGAAGAAGUUAAGUGCAGAGGAAAUCGAAAGUAGGGAUAGGAGAUUGGAAAAGUAUGGUGAUGUCACCAAAGGGAGGAAGAACGAACAGUUGGACAAUUCCUUUCACAUCGAUUACAACGGAUCGUACGAAAUGGAUCAGAGUGAUUACAACACGUUGGAAAAGUUACUUGAUAAGUACAACUUUUCCAGUUGUUAUAAGAAUAAGAAUUUCGUGGGGUUGUGUAAAAGCAUUCAGAAAUUUUUCUUCAGAUUGACGUCCCUCCCGGAGCGGAAAAAUGUGAGGAGCUUCUCCGUAAUCAAGUGCACCUACGCGUAUGUGCUGCACAAGUACAACCAGGACAGGAACUACAAAUACAUCAACGAGCAGUUCAGGUCCAUGCGGCAAGACAUGAAUAUCCAGAACAUUUUCCAUGACGACGUGAUUAAUAUAUACGAGACGAACAUCCGUAUUUGUAUCGUGAACAACGACCUCUUCCAGUUCCUGCAGUGCAUCAAUAAGCUGUUCGAGUUGUACCAGCGGCUGAAUAUAAAGAAGUCGAAGGUCGAAUUCCUCUGCUACAAACUCAUCUACCUGACCCUCCAGAACAUGCAUCAGGAGUUCCUCGUGGAAUACCUAACGCUCAGCGACGAGGAAAAGAACCACGAAAACGUGCAGCUCUGUUACUACCUAAACGAGUGCAUCAAGAAUAAGAUGUAUUUAGUAAACGUUAACAUGGUGUCUCCCUUAGACGACGAGGUCAACCAUUUGUAUAUUUACAAGAGGGUAUUUAUAAACGAUCAUGUUUUAACUUAUCUGCCUAAUCUCAUGGGGUUAAGCGAAAAUAGAGACCUUAACGUGAACAUGGAUUUGCUAACCGAGUUUGUGAAGGAGCACAGUGAAGUGAAGACUGAAGAAGUGGCAGAAUGUUUCUCCAGUGGAGGGGUGAAGAAGGACGUCGUUAGGAUGCCCUACCUGACAAACUACCUGAUCGUUUUGUUCCUGCCGAAGUACAGGCUGCUGGCUCUGAUCAAUAUAUGCAUGACCAGCAUCAAGGUCGGCCUCUCCACCCUGACAAGACUGCUAAACUUCGAGAACGACGAAACUUGUCUGAGUUUCCUCGAAGAGGUAAACACCAUCAUGAAAAACAACGAAGUGAUCAGUAAGCCCUCCCUGGACAACCUGAUGAAGUCGCCCCUGUUGAAAAAUAAAUACAUUAACCAUAUCAGAUUGUCUAUCAAGCUGAGUGCAGCGAGGCCGAAGAAGGUGUGGCAAAUAUCGGGGAGGCAAUCUGGAUUGUCACUUAUUCCACCAGUAUUUAAAUUUUGGCACAAAAGGAUAUAA